AUGGUCGAAGAACAAGAAAAACCCUCGCCUCAGGCUUCAACACCAUCUACCCACUCCCACACCUCCGACACCGACUCAAUCCACGAAACCCAAUCUAUCCGCCACGAAAACCAAGCCAACCGUCUCCACCUCGUGCGCAGCUAUGCAUCCGGCUACUCAGGCUUCGCCCCCGAAACCGAAUACGCAGACAUAAACCUCAAACCCACCGCCACAGGAGCAACCCUAGGUUCUGUCGCCACCGCCAACGACCCAAACUUUGAAGUCGACUGGUCAGAAGACGAUCCAGAGAACCCAAGGAAUUGGAGUAUGGCAUACAAGAGUUUGGUGGUGUUUGCAAUGAGUUACGCGACCACUGUCACGGUUUUGUUUUCUACGUCCUACACUGUUACGGUGGGGAAAUUGGAACAGGUGUUUGAUGUAGAUCAUUUGGUUGCUCUUUUGGGACUUACCACCUAUCUGAUUGGUAUGGCUGCUGGAAGUACUGUUCUGGCGCCUCUGUCGGAAAUGUAUGGACGACGCCCUGUGUACAUUUUCUCGACUGCGAUUUUCGUGUUGCUGAUUUUGCCGUGCGCGUUGGCGAGGAAUAUUGAGGCCUUGUUGAUACCCAGAUUCUUUGCUGCGUUUGCGGCGGCGAGUUUAGUGAGCAAUGCGCCUGGAUCUAUUAAUGAUAUUGUGGUGGAAGAGUACAGGGCUCUUGCGUUUAGNACCAACUGGCUGGUCAUGAUUCUCGCUGGUGUGGCAUUUGGGUUUGUGGCUAUUGUCAAGGAGACUUAUGGACCCACUUUACUGCGCAAGAGAGCUGCAAAGCUAAGAAAAGAGACGGGAGAUCCGAGGUGGUGGAGUCGAUUCGACGAGAAACAGGCGUUCUUGCCUUUGCUCAAAGUUAAUUUGAGCAGGCCGUUUGUUUUGAUGGUUACGGAACCGAUUUGUAUCUUUUGGGAUGUUUACGUAGCAAUCGUCUACGGCACCCUCUACCUCUCCUUCGUCGCCUACCCAAUCGUCUUCCAACAACAACGCGGCUGGUCUCCCGGCCUCGGCGGCCUCGCCUUCUGCGGCAUCGGUAUCGGAAACCUUCUCACCAUCGUCCUUGAACCGCUGUGCCGCCGCCUCAUCAACUCGCACAAAAAAGACCCAGAGACUGGAACCAUCCCCCCUNNGGAAGCCAUGGUGUCUGUGAUCUGUAUCGCAGCAGUGAGCUUAGCAGCAGGCGAGCUCUGGUUCGCAUGGACCUGCACACCCAAUGUCCACUGGAUCGUGCCCAUCCUUGCGGGAAUCCCCUUUGGAGCCGGAAACGCCGGUGUUUUUAUCUACAGCAACAAUUACCUGGUGCAUUCGUAUUCAGUCUAUGCAGCUUCUGCACUAGCUGGAAACGCAGUCCUGCGCUCUAUCGUGGGCGCCACGGUACCUCUAGCUGGCUCUGCCAUGUACGCCUCUCUAGGCUCCAAUUGGGCUGGCUGCACUCUGGGACUCAUUGAAAUGGCCUGUGUACCCAUCCCCGUAGUGUUUUAUCUCUACGGCAAGAAAAUCAGAGCCAAGAGUGCUUUGAUCAAAUCCAUGCAAGAAGACAAACGCCGCGCAGACGAGAAAAAGGAAAAGCAUUUAAGGAGAAUGGAGAAAGAAGCGAUCAAAAGAGGUGAUGCGGAAGCUAGUGUUGCCGGACCGGCCAAAACCGGGGCUGCGGUUGCUGAGGAGAGGGAUAUAGAGAAAGGAGCUUGA